AUGAACCAUGUCGAUUGUCCAUUCGAGGUCCCUUUCAACUGUGGAACGUGGACGGACGUGGAGCACCAAGGAUUUCUUCGCGGUCUGGAGGUGUACGGUUAUGGAAACUGUGACGCCAUCGGAAUCUUUGUGCCCUCUCGCAGCCCGCUCCAGAUCGAGGCCUACGCUCAGUGGCACCUUGCGGAGGUUGAAGCUGUCCGGCAUCUUCACCAGGUGGGCGUGCAGGGAACGAGCCCUGCGCGUAGAGGAUGGGCUCUCUUACAUAAGCACAGCUUCUUCUGUGCUUCGAAAUGGGAGUUUCUCCUGCGAUCCUAGUGUAGCCAUUGUUCCCUGCUUUCCGAACGUGGUGCUCCGCUGCCCGGGUUCCGUUGAGAGUGUGUCGGUAGAGAGCCCACGUCGAAAUCUAGCCGUUGGUUGUCGCCGUUCUCUACACUGGCCCCGACGACCCCCGCCGACUCGGGGUUUACUCCGUUCCCACAUAUUUGAUGGUGUACUUCGUUCUGGCGUCGGUGUCGACAUUGGAAAUCUGUGGGGGGGAAGAAGUUUUUUAUAUCAACGAGAACAAAGUUGUGAAUUUCGCGUGGGAAACAGUCCUCCCGCUACAAGACAGCUUUCUGUGCGCAAGAUCGUUAGGGUCAAGCUAAUUGUUCAGGAUAUUAUCGGUCCUAAUAAGUGGAGCCCAGUACCGGGUGCGGUGAUAGCGGCGGCGGCGGCGGCGGCGGCGGCGGGAACGGUGCUGCUGUCCACUGCCUCGGUGUUUGCGGUGAGUUGGCCGCCGCUCAAGAGCAGCCAAAUUCGCAUCCGGCGUCGCAGCAGCAGCAGCAGCGCACCGCUCAUCGGCCGGGGAUCCCCGCUGUCCCGGAUCCACACCUGGGCCCUAUUUUCUUCGGCGAACAAGCACGGGGGGAACACAUCAAUCUCCACGACGUGUGUUUCGGCGUCCUGUAGCCUUGCUUCGUGCUGCCGCUCUUUGACGCACGGUGCUUGACGCCGGUGUCGCGCCGACCUGAUCGUCUAGCUGGCGCCACGAUCGGGUCGAUGCUGGCGAGGGACGGGUGCCAAGAACAAGAAGAAAUGCGAGAAACGCGCAAGGGCUAGAGGAACGAAGUUUGACGGUACUUUGUAUUCCGCUAAGGCGCGCUCAUGUUUCCUAUCAAAGUAGGUCGGACGUUUUUGCAUGUUGCAGAAGGGUCUUUCUUCCGGUACGAUUGCUGCAUGCAGUUUGGGUGCAAUGGAGGGGGUUCAGAGGAACAGGUUUUGCCAGUGUACGUGUUGCGAAAAACGUGGGCAGAAGUGUUCUUGUUUGUGUUCAUCCCUCGAAAAUGUUUUUUUUUUUUGCGUCAGAUGGCAAAUAUUUUAGUUGCCGUUCAUGCAUGGGCGAUAGUGUGGCAUAAAUGAUGCCAGCAGCUUGCGUGGUAGAUAGUUAUUCCGGCAACAACUGAAUCCCGUUUCAAAAAAGUCGUGCAAAGAAUGUUGGGUCUGUGAGUUCACAACGGCGUUAUCUUGUUGCACUGCGUUUUGUUUUUGAUAAUUUGAAGCAAACCUUCAAUAUCAGGUGUCGCCGCUCGAUACUGGUUGCUCUUGCUUGCGCUAGUUGCUGUGAUUCAGAAAUCACCCCAGUUUAGCCUUCGAUGUUGUAUACGUCAGCGUUGCAAACGCCUUCGAUUGCAGUAUCACAAUGUUCGCAUGGGUUUGUGUGUGCUUGCAAAUGUCGUUGGCGAUGCUCAUCGCAAGAACAGGGAUAACCUUGAUUCGUGCAGCGCUAAUACGCCCGGUUCACAGUGUUGCAACGCUGUAUAGGGAAACAACGCUUCGUGGAAUGCGUGAUUCGAAGCAUGUAUGGACGUCCAGCGCCGUAUGCUUCUCCCAGGCAUCCGUGACAUCGCGGUGACAACACGACGUCUAGUCUAAGCCAUUGUUUUGUGUAGAGGGGACAGAAAGGUGGGCGGGUUGGGUACACGUUGUUCGUGCUGCUCAAGGGAGUACUCCAUCACCUUUUGGUGAUUUGGCUGAACGACGAUCUAGAGGUGCAUUACACCAGUGUGUUUUGCGUAGGUGGGUGCGUGCGUGUAUGUUUGAGUGCUUCCUUGCGUUUUGCGCCGCGAUACCGAUGAAUAUCUAGGCUGACCAGCCAGCGGAGGGCAGUGCUGCAUGAAAGAUAUAUCUCAUUGCUCAUGGUGCCCCCUUGUGCUGGCGGCUGGGGUAGAGGUGAGGGGAGGGGAGGGAAGAAGAGACUUAGGGUGAGAGAUGGAAUGGAGUUGUAUUAACCCCACACGAGUGUCAGUUCCUGGGCCGAGAUUUAUGAUCAACAAUCUAAGCGAAAAGGUGGGUGGGGCGGGAGAGGGGGUUGUGGGUUGUGAUGGGAGACAAGCGUAAAGAGAGAUGUAGUCACAGGACGCCCACGGGAUCCUCCCGACGUUGUGUUUUUUUUCAUCCUUCCGUGGCCUAGUCAUGACCGGCGAACACAACACCGCGGCGUUGAUUCGCUUCCGAAAAAUACAAAAAAUACCUGAAUGCAGGCAGAAUCG